AUGUCGAAAAUAGUGUUUGUGCUGGGUCCACCGGCAAGCGGCAAAACGAGGCAAUGUUCCUUCCUCGAAGAUUAUUUCGGGUUCGUCCACAUAACCUUGUCGGAAUUGACGGAGGAGAAUAAAUUACUAAAACCCAUCAAAGAGUUAAUGAACUCAGCGAGAAAGUUGAUCACGUUCGAGCUCUCGGACGUUAGAGCGACCAGAAAGUUUAUCAUUUUGGAUGGGUAUCCGGAAACUAUGAAACAGCUGGAAUAUUGGGAGAAAAGCGUCGCGCAGAACAUAGACUUGCAGAUGGUUUUGUUUUUGGAUUGCCCUUUACAAAAAUGCCUUUUAAGAGGUUUAGAAAGGCAGUCGUUUAGCAGGAAAGACGUCGAUGAAGUACAGCAAAAAAUCGAUUAUUAUGUUAAAAAUACUCUACCAGUUAUAGAGCACUUUAGAACAAUGAACCUGGUAAGGCAAAUUAAUGGGGAUAUGACCUGUGAAAAGGUGUUUGUUGAAGUGCAAAAAGUGUUCCGAAUUGGUGUAAAAGAUAUGAGGUUUUAA